AAUGGAAUAUAAAAAAUGUAUAAUUUGUGUAUAGGUGAACGUGUUGAUUUUGUCCUGAAUGCAAAUCAAACUCCAGGCUAUUAUUGGUUACAUGUACGUGGACUUGGGGAAUGUCAAGAAAGACAAAUAUAUCAAUUAGCCAUUCUCGCUUAUGAGGGCAGUUCUAACUUAUCACUAUCAUCAACUCCAGGAUACUUUUUUGGCUCUUCUAAUAAUGUUUUUAAUCCACCGAAUUCUACACAGUGUGGAAAUGAUCUUUGUGUAUCCCAAUUAAGUAAGAUAUAUCUGCCAGGCGAAGAAAAGGUACCAUUAAAUAAAAAAGCAGAUGAACUACUUAUUCUUUCGUUUGAUUUUUUCAACUAUAGUGCACAACCGGCUAUACUAUUUGACACAAAAAAUCAAGACUACAAAAGAUUCUUUGUUUCUCCAACCGGAUCUCAUUUAGAUAGCUUGGUCGCCAACAUAUCGUAUCAAAAUCCACCAGCACCUCUUAUUUCACAAUAUGAUGGAUAUCAAUUUAUGUGUGGAGACCGUUAUACACCGUCUACAUGCACACAGCCUUGCACAUGUACCCAUGUUUAUCAUAUUCCACUUGGAGCACUCGUGGAUGUAUUUCUCUAUGAUGAAGGUCCUCUUACGAAUUUGUAUCAUCCAUUUCACCUGCAUGGUUAUAGUUUCUGCAUACUGUAUGCUGGUCAAUUUAACAAUGCACGUAAUAAAGACGCUAUAACAAAUGAGGAUGUAGCCAAAGAAGUAAAAGCUCACGUCAAUCGCUUACAACAUGGUUACUAUAAAAAUUGUGCUGCUAAAGAUACUGUAAUCGUACCAAAUACUGGUUUUGUCAUCCUACGCUUUAAAGCAGAUAAUCCAGGUUGGUGGUUCUUCCAUUGUCAUUUUUCAUGGCACACCGCAACUGGAAUGAAUGUCGUUUUCCAUGUUGGUACGGAAUAUGACCUCCCAGACAUACCAUUAGAUUUUCCACAGUGUUACAAUUGGACACCACCAGUAAUGAAUGAUUAUUAUGAUUAUGAUUAUAAUUAUAAUUAUAACUAUGAUUAUUAUAACAAUUAUUAUUA